AUGGCGGGUGAGAACAUGAAGCUUCCAGGUCCUUCAUAUGGGAAUAUUGUCACAGUUCUUAGUAUUGAUGGAGGUGGUGUUAGAGGUAUCAUUCCUGCUGUAAUUCUUCAACGCCUCGAGGCUGAACUUCAGAAAUUAGAGAACAAUGAAAAUGUGAGAAUCGCAGAUUACUUUGACGUGAUAUCAGGAAGCAGCACCGGGGGACUGAUCGCUGCUAUGCUCACAGCUCCUAACCCACAGAAUCGUCCUUUGUUCUCUGCUCCUCAAAUUGUUCAGUUCUACAAAGAUGAAUGUCCCAACAUUUUCCCUCAAAAAACAUUUUCCAGCCCUGAGGAGGCUGAGGCCAAAACUCUGAUGUUAGGGCCCAAGUAUAAAAACGAUUACUUAUGUAAAAUCACAAGACAGAAAUUGGGACAAACAAGAUUGAGUGAUACUUUGACAAAUGUUGUUAUCACAGCUUUCGACCUUAAGAAAGUUUUGCCUACCUUGUUCUCAACUUAUAAGUUGGAAGAAGUGCCCAAAUUGAAUGCUUUGUUGUCAGAUAUAUGCAUAGCAACUUCAGCAGCACCAACGUAUCUGCCACCAUAUCGCUUUGACAAUGACGGUGAAGACUUCCAUUUAACUGAUGGUGGUUUAACUGCACUUAAUCCGGGUUUGGUUGCUUUGAGCGAGGUAGCACAACAGAAGCAGAAGAAUCCAGAGCUAUUUCCGAUGAUGCAGAACCCAAAUGACUAUACCAAAAUCUUGCUCAUAUCUUUGGGCUGUGGGGCGUCAGCGGUGAAGAAUGAGUAUGAUGCGGAUGAUGCAGCUAAGUGGGGCCCCCUGAGAUGGGUUUUGAAUAUUCGUCUUGUACCUUCAAUCUCAAUUACAUCUCCCCUUUCAGAAUUUGCGUUUAGUGGAAGUAGUUCCACCACUGAUUAUCACCUCGUUUCCCUCUUCCAUGGCCUUCAAGCUGAUGACAACUAUCUUCGAGUUCAGGAUGAUACAUUAACACCAGAAAUGGCAAAACCUGACAAUUCCAAACCGGACAACCUACAAAAUCUUGAAGAUUUUGCCGAGAAUCUCUUGACGAAAAAGAUUAAAAGAGUAAACGUGAACACUUUUGAGCUUUAG